ACUUAUGCUGUGAGGUUUCCUAUUCAACGUGGUAUUUUAGAUUCAACCCUAAAGAAUUAUGAGGUUACUCUGGGCACUCAAUGCCUUCUAGUACUGAAUUCAACUUCACCAACACAUGGGGGUACUCUAUUUGAUAUUGCCUUUGAAGGUGCAUGUAGCCUCCAUGAUAUUGAAACUGCAAAAGAAAUUGAGCGGAUUAAUAAUGAACAAAUCAAGAAAAAUAUGAGAGAAUUAAAAGGAAAACUUAGGGGGAAAUCGUCAUCACUUGCUAUAGAAAUUUAUAACUAUUUAGAUCAUGUGAAUGUCAAUGAUCUGGAUUGGCAGAGUACAAUAUCACCACUCCCUAAAAAUAUAAAUGAAGGAAAAAUUUUUAUUGAUAAGAUUAAACCACUGACAAUAAGUCACAAGAAAAUUUUGGUGAUGAGUUAUAAAGAAAAAGACUAUUAUUUAUAUCAUUGGCCUUUAGUCAAUUGCAUAAAAAACCUUCUAGAAAAUGAUGAUGUCAUAAGCAAUUCUGUGUUUUCUUAUGAAAAUCACAUUGAUGCAAGAGUCAGCAAGCAUCCUGUGUUUAUAUCAUUAGGUAAUAUUAAAGGAUGGCAUUGUAAUAAACCUGAUGCAAAGCACAUUUUAAGAUAUUUUCCAAUUAUAAAAGCAACUAGUGAAAAAGAAAAAAAAUCACAGGAAUUUAAAACUAUUGUAAAAGCUGCAUUUUAUAAAUCUUCAAAAAUAAUGAUUAUUUCAUUUGUUCCAAAAAUUUCAGCAAUUAUUGCAGACUUAUUAGAGGCAUCUACAUAUUGUCUUACAUAUAAAUCUUCACAAUCAAAUUUCCCUUGUCAUCGUUGUUUAGUACAUAGAAGUGAUUUAAAUAAUAUGGGAUUAGACAAUGGAUUAGAAUACAGAACACAUGAAUCUAUGAGAAGAUAUAUUAAUGAUAAUCUAGCAAAAUCAU